UUUCUCUAAAGCAACCAUUUGACUCAAAAGACGAAUUGAGUGUGAAUUGACCACUAUAUAAACAUGAAGUUUGUGCUCUUGGCUGUUCUGGUUGUUGGAGUUAAUGGAUGUGGGCUGCCUACCUACCCUCCUGUUCUGACGAGGGUAGUGGGGGGUAAGGAUGCACGUCCACACAGCUGGCCUUGGCAGAUCUCCCUCCAGUACAGGAGUGGUAGUAGCUGGUACCACACUUGUGGAGGCAGCCUUAUUUCCAAUGAGUGGGUCUUAACUGCUGCUCACUGCAUCAGCAGUGGCAGAAGUUACAGAAUGUAUCUGGGAAAACAUUACACGACGGAGAACGAGAGUGGAUCUGUCGCCAUCUCCCCUAGCAAGAUCAUUAUCCAUUAUGGCUGGGAUUCUUCUAACACUUUACGUAAUGACAUCGCCCUGAUCAAACUGCAGAGUCCUGUCACCCAAAGUGACACUAUCAUGCCUGCAUGUCUCCCCACGGAUGGGUAUAUUCUGCCUCACAAUGCUCUCUGCUAUGUCACUGGUUGGGGACAUCAGUACAAAUUUGUCGUUGGCCCCACUACUGGUGCACUGCAGCAGGCUCUGCUGCCUGUGGUGGAUUACGCCACUUGCUCUAGGCCAGACUGGUGGGGCUCUCGGGUCACAGAAAAAAUGAUCUGCGCUGGUGGAGAUGGUGUUGCUGCUGGAUGUAAUGGUGACUCUGGAGGCCCCCUGAAUUGUGCGGGUAGUGAUGGCACUUGGGAAGUCCAUGGUGUUUUGUCCUUUAGUUCUGGCCUGAUCUGCAACUAUGUCCAGAAGCCCAACAUUUUCACUCGUGUGAGUGCCUACAUUGACUGGAUCAGCAAGAGCAUGGCCAGCUACUAAAGAGCAAACAGAAUUUUGUAUCAUUCAUGGCUUGAACAAUAAAAUUAUCCAAAAAAAAAAAAAGUUUUUAUUCAGCUUAACAUCAUAGAUACUCUGUUUAAAUGCAUUUGCC